GUGUUUUUCCCUUCCUUUUUUUUUUUCACAACCGCCAUCAUGCCCCGGAAGUCUGGCCCCGUUCCCGCCGCCCCCAGCGGUGCCCCCGCUGCGGCUGAGCAGUUUGACAUGGUCUUCCACUGCCAGCUGGCCCACGGCUCUCCGACCAAGCAGGUGCGCGACUUUACCAACGUCAAGCAGCUGUACGAGUCCAUCGCCAAGGCCUUUGGCAUCCAGACCUCUGAGAUUCUGUACUGCACUCUGAACACGCACAAGGUGGACAUGACCCGCCUUUUGGGCGGUCAGAUUGGUCUUGAUGACUUUCUGUUUGCUCACGUCAAGGGCACCGAGAAGACCGUCAAGGUCAUCAAGGAUGGCCCUGCCCUCGGCCUCACCAUCUCCGACAACGGUGCUGGUUACGCCUUUAUCAAGAAGAUCCGCGAGGACAGCAUCAUGUCGCGUGUCGCCAACGUCGCCGUCGGUGAUCACAUCGCCAAGAUCAACGGCACCGACCUCAACGGCUGCCGUCACUUUGAGGUUGCCCGCAUGCUCAAGGAGAUCCCCAUUGGCUCGGAAUUCACCAUGAUCUGCGUUGAGCCCAAGAAGUCGUUUGACGAGAUUGCUGGCCGUGGCGCCAAGCCCGCUGGUGCUCAGCCCAACGUUGCUGCCAGCGCCGGCAAGAAGACGCUCCGCAUGAAGCACAACGGUGCCGCCGUCGUCGAGGAUGUCCCCUCGGAUGCCGUGUCGGGUAUCAUCACCAAGGUGGACGACCUUCUCGAGAACUUUGUUGGCAUUCGCGAUCAGGAGCUCUCCACCACCAUUUACGAUCUGGCCAAGGCUGCUCCUUCGGAUGAUGUCUUCGCCGGCUCGCUCGAUGAGCAACUGGCUGACUUCGAGUUCCCCGAUGACUUUGUUCUCGAUGUGUACGAGCUUGUCAAGAAGCAAUAGAUGACUCCUUCUCUUCGAGACCAUUCUUCUUUUUUCUAGCCUGCCCUUGGUAGUGUCUAGGUACCCUCUACCGUGCGUCGGUUCAGGUUCAAGAUUUGUAUUUUCGACCCUGUCCUUCCUCCCCUUUACCUACUCUUUUUCUAUUCCACUUUUUUUUUUUUUUUUUUUGUCAUGUUUUUGCCUGUUCAGGUGGUGGUCAGCAGCGCUUGGGGGCACCAAGCAACAUGAUACGUCAGACUGAAACACCGAGUAUGAGUCAUCGGCCGCGCAUGCGUGAGCCAUGAUUUGCUCUUUUGUUUCUUUUUGGUGUUGUGCUUCUGGUGUUCAUACCUCGUGUAUGCUUAUCCUGCUUGGCGGUCGUUGGUGGCAGCGCCCCACCCUUGGCCCCCAGCUUGUUGACUCACUCCCUGUCAACCAAAUACAACCUUGAUCGUGUGGGACCUUGCCUUCUUGUUUCCUGUGACCUCUCCCCUCUCUCAUCUUGAACAAUAAAAAAAAAAAGAAACAAUUUAAACCAGCAUC